AUGCAGCGGAAACAGGGACGAGGGCCCUCGGGGCUUCAGUCUCGGCUGAAACCCGUUGAGCUCGACCCGCUUGCCGAAUACGGUCUUCCUUCGAAGGGAGAGAAGAGACUACUCGUGCAUAAAAUCCAAGAAUCCUACUACGCCCUGAUUGCCUCGCGAUACCUAGCCUUUUGCACCGCUGCUGGCGACCGUGACAAUCUCCAGAAGCAGUUUGCCGGGCUCUCCCUCUCCAACAACCUAAGCUCUUCUUCCUCAGCGUCACAACAACUUAGCGUAGACCAACUGCCCUCACUACCCUCACUCACGGCUACAGCGCAAACAGCAUUGGCAGGAGCAUCUGCUUCCUCCGCAGAAGAGAAACAAAGGGAUACCCUUCCCCAGCUCCUGUUCGCGCUGCGUAAACUGCGCGAGGGUCUCGUAAGCGCUGAUCGGCGUGACCAUUUCGCCGCGCAGGUCUUUUUGUUUUCUGUCCGGCUCGGUGUCCUCACGGGAGCCUACGAAACCUACUUGCCCGCAGGGCUGCACCUGCUACGAUGCGGGGGUGGUGGUGGAAACACCGACAGCCCAACCCCAGCCGCAUCUCUCACCAGCGUCGAACACCACGAAGUAGUCAGCUACCUCGUCCUAGACGCCGCCUGCCGCCGAAGCGACCUCUCCGCAGCCCCACUCCGCGGCGACGACAAACACGUCGACGCCGCCCUAGCGGCCCUCGUCUCAGACGACUGGGUAGCCUGGCGCCGAGUACGACGACAAGUAGACGGGUACCGGGCACGGCUGAUGGGGUUUGCGGAGGCGCGCAUGGUGGGCCACACGCUGAAGGCGUUCGCGCGGGCGUACCUGACUGUGCCGCUGGCGGUGCUGGAGGAGCAGACGGGGUGUGAGUGGGAGGAGUUGAGGGGGACGUAUGGGGUGGGUUGGGAGAGGGAGGGGGAGAAGGUUGUUAUUCGGAGGGUGCAGGGGAGGUAG